CUGAAAUAAAUUACAACGAAACAUGUCCGCUUGCGGUCCGGCAGUGGGCAUCGACCUGGGCACCACCUACUCCUGCGUGGGGGUCUUCCAGCUUGGCAAGGUGGAGAUCAUUGCCAAUGACCAGGGCAACCGCACCACCCCCAGCUAUGUUGCCUUCACUGACACAGAGAGGCUGAUAGGCGAUGCAGCCAAGAACCAGGUGGCCAUGAACCCCAACAACACGGUCUUUGAUGCCAAGCGUCUGAUAGGCCGGCGCUUCGACGACUCCACCGUGCAGUCUGACAUGAAGCAUUGGCCCUUCACCGUGGUGAACGACGGGGGGAAACCCAAGGUGCAGGUGGAGUACAAGGGUGAGAUGAAGACCUUCUCCCCCGAGGAGAUCUCGUCCAUGGUGCUGACCAAGAUGAAGGAGAUCGCCGAGGCUUACCUGGGUCGCCAGGUGCCCAACGCCGUUGUCACCGUGCCGGCCUACUUUAACGACUCGCAGCGGCAGGCCACCAAGGACGCGGGCACCAUCUCCGGAAUCAACGUGCUGCGCAUCAUUAAUGAGCCCACUGCUGCCGCCAUCGCCUACGGCCUGGACAAGAAGGGCACCGGAGAGCGAAACGUCCUCAUCUUCGACCUGGGCGGUGGCACCUUCGAUGUGUCCGUGCUCACCAUCGACGACGGCAUCUUCGAGGUCAAGUCCACGGCCGGCGACACUCACCUUGGGGGCGAGGACUUUGACAACCGCAUGGUCAACCACUUCGCGGACGAGUUCAAGCGCAAGCACAAGAAAGACCUAAGCAGCAACAAACGCGCCCUGCGGCGUCUGCGAACGGCCUGCGAGCGUGCCAAGCGCACCCUGUCCUCCAGCACCCAGGCCAGCAUCGAGAUCGACUCGCUCUACGAAGGCACCGACUUCUACACAUCCAUCACCCGCGCCCGCUUCGAGGAGCUCAACGGCGACCUGUUCCGCGGCACUCUGGAGCCGGUGGAGAAGUCGCUGCGCGACGCCAAGCUGGACAAGGCGCAGAUCCAGGAGAUCGUGCUGGUCGGCGGCUCCACCCGCAUCCCCAAGAUCCAGAAGAUGCUGCAGGACUUCUUCAACGGCAAGGAGCUCAACAAGAGCAUCAACCCCGACGAGGCAGUGGCGUACGGGGCGGCGGUGCAGGCGGCCAUCCUGACCGGGGACAAGUCGGAGAAUGUGCAGGACCUGCUGCUGCUUGACGUGGCGCCACUUUCGCUGGGCAUUGAAACGGCAGGCGGGGUGAUGACGCCGCUCAUUAAGAGGAACACCACCAUCCCCACCAAGCAGACGCAGACCUUCACCACCUACUCCGACAACCAGAACAGCGUGCUGAUCCAGGUGUACGAGGGCGAGAGGUCCAUGACCAAGGAUAACAACCUGCUGGGGAAGUUCGACCUGACCGGGAUCCCCCCAGCGCCCAGAGGGGUGCCGCAGAUUGAGGUAACUUUCGAUAUCGAUGCAAAUGGCAUACUGAACGUGACGGCAGCGGACAAGAGCACAGGCAAAGAAAACAAAAUCACCAUCACCAAUGACAAAGGUCGCCUGAGCAAAGAAGACAUUGACCGUAUGGUGAACGAUGCCGAGAAGUACAAGGUGGAGGACGAGUCCAACCGUGAUAGGGUAUCUGCUAAGAACGGGUUAGAGUCUUACGCCUACCAGGUCAAGCAGACCAUGGAAGAUGAGAAGCUGAAGGGUAAGUUGGGCGACCAGGACAAAGAGAAGAUCUUGUCCAAGUGCAAAGCAGUUCUCGAUUGGCUAGACAAGAACCAGAUGGCUGAGAAAGAUGAGUAUGAGCAUCAGCAGAAAGAACUGGAGAAAGUAUGCAAUCCAAUCAUGACCAAGCUUUACCAGGGUGGAGCUCCUAACCCAGGAGCCACCGGUGGAGGAGCAAGUGGAGGGGCAGGCGGAGGAGCAGGAGGACCCACCAUUGAAGAAGUGGACUAGGUUGUCUCAGCGUCCACUCAGUCUGUACUGGCCGGG